AUGAGACCCCUAUCACCAACAUUGGCUGAAAUAGCCCGUCGGGAUUUAAAUGAAACACCGGAACGUAUACAUCAGGAUUUACAGAUUCUGCGGGAAUGGAUACGAAAGCAACGACAUUUGCGGGCCCGAACAUCUGAUGAAUUUUUAAUAGCAUUUUUACGACGUUGCCGCUAUAGUUUGGAGGAGACAAAACGGCGCAUCGAUAAAUUUUUCACUUUCUACAAUGUUUUUCCCGAGGUCUAUCGGAAUCGUUGUAUAACACGUCGAAUAUUUGAUAUUAAUCGAUUGGGCGUCCACUAUUAUCCCGAAUUUCCCAAGUGUUCGGACAAAUCUGCCAUACUUAUUGCCCGCUUUGGCCAGUUCGACCCCAGCUUCUAUCACGUCAAGGAGAUCUUCCAGUUCAUUAUGAUGGCCAUGGAAAUUAUUUCACUGGAAAAUGACUAUGCCACUGUGGCGGGCGUGUCACAAAUUUUAGAUUUACAAAAUAUUAACUAUGAUCAUCUGCAGCGAUUCGAUCGCACGAUAUUUCAGCGAUACUAUACCUGGCUGGAGGAAUGUUGUCCGUUGCGCAUCAAAGAGGUCUAUGUCAUAAAUGCCUCGAAGGAGAUACAACGACAUAUAAAUAUGAUGUUGAUAUUGCUGAAAAACCAAAAAUUGCAACCGAUCCAUGUCAUCAAGACCAUGGAGGAUUUAUACGAUCACAUACCGAAACGUAAUCUACCCGAAGAGUAUGGCGGUAGCAAUGGCCAUAUUGCCGAAUGCAUUGCCUAUAUGGAAGAUAUGUUACAUAAUUAUCGCAGCUAUUUUGACGAGGACACACUAUAUGGGGUAUCAGAAGAGCUAAGAACCGGUGAUAUUGUACCAUAUGAAGCGGAAUUUGGUCUAUAUGGAACAUUUAGACAACUGCCAUUUGAUUGA